ACCGUACGAGAUCAACGAGUGUACUAUCUCGGUGUACAUAAAUUAUCGCUUCAGAAUUUAACCCUUUAAUCAAACAAAGCCGUGUGUUUACGCCUUCUUCAUCCUGUUAAUUCUGCUGUGGAACGAUAAAGAGUAAACAAGUAAAUGGGUGACAAAUCAGACGUCAACGUAAAACUGCAAGACCCGGACGAUGACAUCAAGCCUCGACUAUCCACACACCAGGUGCCCGAGUUAGUCCGGCGACUGUAUGGCUUGGAGACCAGCGAGGUGAAAUCGUUGCCUAGCUACGACGACUUGAACUUUUAUGUCAGGGUCAAUUUAAAAGUCAAUGACAAUCCGAAUAUUAAUAGCAUCUACGAACAUGGCUAUGUCGUCAAAGUGCUGAACAGUCUGCAGUCCGCAUCGCCGGAAAUCAUAGACGCGCAACACGCGUUGUGUCAGCACGUUCAUGACCGCGGUAUCUCCACGCAGAGGCCCGUGCUCAACGUGCAGGGGCACCAGUACAGUCUGGAGACUUUUGCAUGCCCGGAAAACGGCCAUAAGCUCGGACCGUACCUCGUUCGCCUAGUGACGUUCGUGCCGGGGACCAUAUUCUAUGAAACUCCGUAUGUGGCUGGAUCCUUCUACAACGCCGGAGUGUUCGUCGCUAGGUUACACAAUGCCAUACUGGAUGGUUUCCACCAUCCCUUUUAUGACGGGUACAAUACCUUGUGGAGUCUCACGGAGACGCCGAGAAUUCGCGAGUUCUGCAAGGCUGUCGCCGAUACCAGAGACCGCGACGUCGUCCUUAAGGUUCUUGACGAAUUCCAGAAAGACAUUGUUGACCACUAUCCGGAUUUCACUCCUGGUAUCGUCCAUGGUGAUAUAAAUGAACAAAACCUCAUCAUGCGUGAAGUUCCAGGGCAGGAUAGUGUGCCGCCAGAACAGAGAAUUCAUGACGUAGCAGCGUUGUUGGAUUUCUCUGACAUAACGAAGUCCUAUAUUGUAUUCGACGUAGCGAUUUCUAUAUGUUAUCUGUCGAUAGAAUGCGGGGGCGGUGAACAGCUUAAUGUCGGGGGUCACUUCUUGUCGGGUUAUACUAAACACCGUACUCUGAACGAGGUCGAGUGGAGAUGUCUUCCGCUUCUGGUUUGUGCCCGGCUUUGUCAGAGUCUUGUCUACGGCGCACACGCGUACUCGCUGCAGCCAGAGAACAAGUACUUGUUAACGACAUCAUACAGAGGUUGGCCCUUGCUGCACAAGUAUUGGUCAGAAAACAAAGAAGAACUGGUGAACCGCUGGAAACGGCUUUGUGAACAAUGAAUCCAUUUUGUAGCGCUACAAACAAAGUUGAUUUAGGCUGUUUUAUGUGCAGGUACAGAGACGUGUUUUUAUUUCAUAGAUGAAUUAAAUAUAUUGCAAUUA